GCGCAGGCAGCGUUAGGGCUGCUCAGUCAUUGCAAAAACACUUGCAGACAGAUACACUCAACACAAGGGAAGGGCGAUAGCAGCAGCUUCAAUAUUCCUGCAACUAGAGGGAGAGAGCCGGCUUCCUGCAGCAUCGUGAAAGCAGUGGAUUCCCUUUCAGCACUGGAAAUCGACUGGCAACACAGCGACUAAAAGCGGCUCCAGGAGCCCAGCACAGAGUCUGUGGAAAGCAGCUGGAAGUCCAGCUUUCAGCCGGGGCUUUCGCUACCAAUGUACCUGUUAACACCAGCCGAGCCCCUGGCCAGUCGCAGCGCGCCCCCGAAACUCGCUGUAUUGUGAACCCAGUCUUUUAUUUAUUAUUGAAUUAUUCGCACCCACACUCCAUCGAAAACUUUUCAUCAGGUGCUCCAACUAAAAGGGACAGUUUCUUCCGUUAAUAUUGAAAAAGCAACAAGGGGAAAAAAGCAAAAUGCAGGUUUUGGAGGAUGCAAUGGACCCUUUACUAUCUGGGGGGUCCUUUUGCAGAAAAGUGCUUGCAGUUUUUCAACUUCUCAUAUUGAUGGGACUUCGCCACAAGAAUGACUUUGCUGGUGAAGCCAUUCACGUUGCAACUGCUGCUGCACGAGCUGGAGGUGAGAAGCCAGUCCAUCAUCAUCUGUCAGCGCUUGGGUGGCUGGACCUGGGUGAUAACAGCGAAUAUGAAAUUGUGACUCCAUAUGAAGCUGACAGCAGUGGUGAUUAUGUCUCUCUCUCAGUAAUCCAUCAACAGAGAAAGAAGCGAUCCGUUCAUAAUGUUGAUGAUGAAUCCCUCUACUUCAAACUCAAUGGGUUUGGUCAGGACUUUCAUUUGGAGCUAAGAACUUCUGAGGGCUUCAUGCCCCCUGGAUUUACAGUUCAGACUUUAGGAAAACAAGGCUUAAAAUCUGUAGAGCAUUAUCGUCCAGAGGAGCUGUGCUUCUAUCAAGGUGCUUUAAUAUCACAUAACAAAUCUUCAGUGGCACUUUCUACAUGCAAAGGCUUGUCAGGUUUGAUAAGAACAGAAGAAGCCGAUUACAUUUUGACACCUCUACCUCAGCACCUUGCACUUAAACACAAUUACACAGCACCUAAAGGGCACCAUCCACAUAUCCUGUAUAAGAGAUCUGCAGAGCCAAAAGUGCACCUUCAAAGUAAUGAGGUAACCUUAACCCAGAGGUCUGUGGGAAUUGGAUAUUAUGAUCACAAGUAUCGUCACCAACACCGACGUCGUAAUGACUACAAACAUGGACAGCUUCAAAAGCAGCAUUACUGUGGAAGACGCAAGAAAUAUAUGCCAAAACCCCCAGAAACAGAUCUGUAUAUUCUGCCAGAUGAGUAUCGAUUCUUACCCAGAAAUAAGCGUUCCUUGUUCAAGAUGCGGAAGAAUGAAAAGCUUAAUGUGGAAACAUUAGUUGUGGUGGACAAGAAGAUGAUUGAAAAGCAUGGCAGCGAGAACAUAACUACUUAUGUAUUAACUAUACUAAAUAUGGUGUCCACUUUGUUUAAGGAUGGUACGAUAGGAGGAAACAUAAAUAUUGUAAUUGUUGGGAUUGUCCUGCUGGAGGAAGAUCAGCCAGGUCUUUUAAUAAACCACCAUGCAGAUCGUACUUUGAACAGCUUCUGUCAGUGGCAGUCGGGAUUGGUGGGCAAGGAUGGUAAUCGCCAUGAUCAUGCCAUUCUGCUGACAGGCCUUGACAUUUGUUCUUGGAAGAACGAGCCUUGUGAUACUUUAGGAUUUGCACCCAUCAGUGGGAUGUGUAGCAAAUAUCGCAGCUGUACUAUAAAUGAAGACACAGGAUUAGGCCUGGCCUUCACCAUCGCUCAUGAGUCUGGACACAACUUUGGUAUGAUUCAUGAUGGAGAAGGAAAUGUAUGCAAGAAAUCCGAGGGUAAUAUCAUGUCACCAACACUUGCAGGACAUAAUGGGGUCUUCUCGUGGUCAGCCUGCAGCCGGCAAUAUCUAUACAAGUUUCUGAGCACUUCCCAGGCAACUUGUCUUGUUGAUGAUCCAAAGCCAGCAAAGGAGUACAGAUACCCAGACAAGCUGCCAGGAGAACUCUAUGACGCUGAUACACAGUGCAAGUGGCAGUUUGGGGUGAAGGCCAAACUCUGCAGGCUAGAUUUUAAAAAGGAUAUCUGUAAAGCACUUUGGUGCCAUAGAGUUGGCCGAAGAUGUGAAACAAAGUUUAUGCCAGCUGCAGAGGGCACUGUUUGUGGGCUCAGCCGGUGGUGUCGCCGUGGACAAUGUGUGAAACACGGAGAUUCAGGCCCAAAACCUAUAAACGGUCGUUGGUCCAACUGGUCAAUGUGGUCACCUUGUUCAAGGACCUGUGGAGGAGGAGUAACAAACCGAGAACGUCAGUGUACAAACCCAAGGCCACAGUAUGGAGGAAAGUUCUGUGAUGGUACUCAUCGUACAUACAAGCUUUGCAAUAAUCAGAAAUGCCCUAAAAAUAGCAUUGACUUUAGAUCACAACAGUGUGCUGAAUACAAUAGCAAGCCAUUCCGAGGGUGGUACUACAACUGGAAGCCAUAUAUUCACGUUGAGGACCAUGAUCUUUGCAAACUCUAUUGUGCAGCAGAAGAUUUUGACUUCUUUUUUGCUCUUUCAAGUAAAGUCAAAGAUGGAACACCGUGCUCUGAGGAAAGAGCUGACAUAUGCAUAGAUGGUGUAUGUGAGGCAGUUGGAUGUGACCGUGUACUGGGUUCUAAUGCUGUGCCUGAUGCAUGUGGGGUUUGCAAAGGAAACAACGCAACCUGUAAAAUCUAUAAGGGUCAAUACAGCAAACAGCACUAUGUCAACCAAUACUACACGGUAGUUGUUAUUCCUGCAGGAGCACGUAGCGUUCGUGUAUAUGAAGUAAAUAUCUCCAACGCUUACAUUGCUGUUAGAAACCAGCAACAAAAGUACUAUCUCAAUGGCCACUGGACAUUGGAUUGGCCUGGUUGGCACAGAUUUUCUGGCACAAUAUUUGAUUAUAAAAGGCCCUUCAAUCGCCAGGAAAGCCUUUCUGCCAUGGGCCCUACGAAUGAAACAUUAGUAAUAGAGAUACUACUUCAGGGCAAAAAUCCAGGGAUUGGAUGGGAAUAUUCCUUGCCAAAAUCAUCGACUGAGAAUAAAACAGCUCCAAAACAUAAUUACACUUGGGCCAUUGUUCGCUCUGAAUGCUCAGCUUCUUGUGGAGGAGGUCGGAUGGCAACAAAAGUAGCAUGUUACCGUGAUCUUCGUGCUCAAGUAAACCUCUCUUUCUGCAAUCCAAGGAGUCGACCAGCCACUGGAGUCAUCUCCUGCAAUGUACAGGCAUGCCCUGCAAGCUGGGCUGUUGGUGACUGGGGAGAAUGUAGCCUAACGUGUGGAAGAGGUGAACAGCUAAGACAAAUCCGUUGCACCCGAAGAAUCGCUUACAACAAGCGAGAGGAUGUACACCAUGCGUUGUGCCCAUUUCCAAUGCCAAUCCAAAAGCAAGCGUGCAAUAUUCAUAAUUGUCCACCGGCAUGGAGUGUGGGAGCUUGGUCUGAGUGUUCCCGAACAUGUGGAAAAGGAUGGAAAAAGAGGACUGUUGUUUGCAAGAGCACAAAUCCUACGCCCAGGUCUCAGAUCCUGCAUGGGAAUGCUUGCAAGGCCAAAGCAAAACCUAAAACCCAAGAAACCUGCUUGCUGAAACGCUGUCAUAAACAUCGCAAAAUGCAGUGGUUUAUAUCUACAUGGGCCGAGUGUUCUGUGACUUGUGGUAAAGGGAUUCAAAAGAGAUACUUAAAAUGUGCAAACAAAGACAAUUCUGGAAAGUACAAAGAAUUUGCUUACAAAAGAUGUAAUCACUUGCCAAGACCUAACCUGGAGCUAGAAAGAACAUGCAUUCUUAGUGCAUGUCCAAAACCACCAAAUGAAAGGGCCUUCAGCAAUGCACUAGCAAACUGGUAUGCCUCACCUUGGUCACAGUGCUCUGUUAGCUGUGGGGGAGGGGUGCGAGCCCGUGCAGUUCAGUGUCUUGCAUACGGUAGACCUACCUCAGGUUGUCUACUACACCAUAAACCCCUCGCUACAGAAGCAUGCAAUACCAAUUUCUGUCCUCUGCCUGAAAAAAAAGAUGUCUUUUGCAAAGAUUAUUUCAACUGGUGCUACCUGGUACCCCAGCAUGGUGUUUGUGGUCACAGGUUCUACGGCCAGCAGUGUUGCAAAUCAUGCUCCAAGUCAAAUGUAUAAAAAAACCAUUAAAUGAACAAAGUACAUUAAUUUCGCUUUAAGGGAAGCUGCACAUUGUAAUUUUGGUUGCAUCUGAUGAUUGAAGAGGGAAAGACUAAUCAGGUUCUGACUUGUACGUGAAACCUAGCAGCAUUCCACCUGUCAAUCAAUGUGGUAAAAGAGAGCUUUUCUUACAUAUAUUACUGUCACCAGAUCAGCAAAAUCUUUGCAGCAAUGCCCAUAUUUGAAUCCUUCGAUUUGCAAGCAACAAUGAACAAUGUCUGUACGAUAUCAUGUACUUAAGCGCAAGAUUGAAAAAUAUACCAGUUUUUCAAAGUAAGUGUUAUAUGUUAUUGACCUACAUUAUCUGGCUAUGUGAAAUGAACUAAGCAAAGAUUUUGAAAACCAGAAGGCAUUCACAAUACUGUGUAAACAAAAGUGGGGGUGGGGAAAAGGGGAGGAAUCUAAAGUGAACGUUCUCAAUCUAUUUAUUUACCUCAUUUAAAUAAAAUGAUGACAUUAAAUAAAACACACUGUGCUAUAUUAAAACUACUGUAGCUAUUUUGGCAUUGUAGUGAGCCCUUCGACCCACCGUUUUCAAGUAACAUUAGCCUAUAAGUGAUUCAAUGGUGCUUUUGACUCACCAUGCAAGGGCGUGUAACUGUUAAUUAUUAAAUUAUGCUCUCGAAACAUAUAUUCAAGACUGCAGAAGCAAAUACAAAUGAACUAUUUUGAAAAAGGAGAUAAUAAUUACGUCAGUAUGUAACAAAAUUUGAAGGUGCUUUAUUUAUUUAUCAAACUGGAAGGUCUUUUUAGCACAGGCAACCAUCCUUCCUGAAAAUGAAGAUCCCAUUCUGUGCACUACACUAAUUGUCUCUAUCUUCUUAAUGGUAUACACAUUAUUUGGUGUCAUUUUUAAACUAUCAUUCAAUGUAAUAUUUUCACUUUAUUAUUGUUGAGCUUCAUGGUACCACUAAAUUAACAAUGGUGCUUUCAAAUACAACCAUAUUAGAAUUUUUUUAAGGAAGACAUUCUAAUUUAUUUACAAUUAUCUUACAAAUUUGUUCAAAUGUUUGCCUUUUGCAAAAAAAAUGCACAGUUUAAAAUAAUCAGAAUUGUUGAAGUAUCUUGGUUGCUUUAAACUUUAUGCAAUUCUGUGCAGUAAUACUGUAAACAAUUUUCACCCAGCUGUGAGAAAGUAUUUAUG